GACUUCUCCUGAGCUCUGUCCGCGGCUCGUGUGGCUGCGGUGAGCGCGGCCGUGGGCGUCCGUCGCGUGAAGGUGCGCUCCAGCUGAAGAUGCCUCACCAUAGACCAGCCUAAAUGACGCAGCGAGUUUACACAAUAGCGCUUGAUAUUACACAGGACAGGAUCAAACUUGCAGAGUUUCCCACGUUUCCUAUGUCCACGCGCCGGCAGAGCGCUCUCCACCUCACAGAUAUAACGUGACACACGUACGUAUAGACGUGCUCCAGGAAGCGUCCGUGAACGAGCACGGGGCGAUCAUGCUUUACGUAACUCUUCUGCUUCUGUCCUACGUGAUGAAUGCACACGCGCGUUUGUUGACAUCCAGUUUAAAAGAGGCGCCCGAUCCCAGCAGCAAAGUUUUUACUACAACAGGGAAACAGUGUAAAUUCCCAUUUCGUCAGGGAGGACGCAUUCAUCACCACUGCAUCACUGUCCUGUCCUCCAGGCCCUGGUGUUCUCUGACUCAUAAUUUUGACCGUGACCGGAAAUUUGGUUUCUGUGUACAAGAGAGACAAAAACCUGGGGUUGGUCUCCCUGGUCCCAGAAGAAACCUGAGCCCCUGUCUGUCUGGUCCCUGUCAGAAUGGAGGUAUGUGCUCAGUGAUCCAGCGACAGGAGUUUGACUGCACCUGCCCCGAGAGCCACAGCGGGCGACUGUGUGAGCAGAAAAAGUGCUACGAAACCGUACACCUACACUAUUAUGACACCGGAGAGUCUUGGGGCCGAAUUCACCUCCGUAAUGUGGAACAGUGCACAUGUGUGGCAGGGGAGAUACGCUGUGAAAAGGUGCACUACACCGCGUGCCAGUCCAAUCCCUGCCAGAACGAAGGUUUGUGUCGACUGAUCACUUCCACUGGGAAAGAAGUGUGCUACUGUCAAAGGGGAUACAGCGGGCCUGACUGCAGCCUGGAGCCAAGGAACGAGUGCUACAACAGGCGUGGGACCAGCUACAGGGGGCUUGGGGGCACCACACUCUCUGGCGCCCACUGUCUGCCCUGGGACUCAGACCUGCUGUUCAAUGAGCUCCAUGUGGGCAAUGUGGACUCCUCACCACUCAAAGGCCUGGGGGGACACGCCUACUGCAGGAACCCAGAUGGGGAUAAGAAGCCUUGGUGCUACACUUUAAACGACGGCGCCAUCUCCUGGGAGUACUGCAACGUUCCUUCCUGCCUCCAGCCCGUCUGGAAGACUCAUCCAGCUGCAAACUUGCAAAUGUUCGAUAAAGCUUUUUCACGUGGUAUAACAAGAAUAAUUACCAACCGCAAAACUAAAAAGGCACAGUGUGGAACGAAGCAUAAGAAGCGUCUGUCGAUCGCGAGAGGCCGGAUCAUGGGAGGCACAUCGGCGCUGCCCGGGACCCACCCCUGGAUGGCAGCCAUCUACAUCGGACACACAGAGUUCUGCGCCGGGAACCUCAUCGCCUCCUGCUGGGUCGUCUCUGCAGCGCACUGCUUUUUCCGCAAGUACGGACAUAACCCAUUGAUAUCGCAGAUCCGAGUGGUGUUGGGACAGCACAGAUUCAAUGUCACGGAUUCAAACACUAAAACCUUCAGCGUGGAGAAGUACAUCUUUCCCAAAAAGUUCUCCGUGUUCAACCCAACGGUGCAUGACAUUGUUCUCUUAAAGCUGAAGAAGCAGGACGGCCGCUGUGUGAGGAAAACCCCUUUCAUCCGGCCCAUCUGCCUCCCAGACAAAGGCAUGACGUUCCCCGACGAAUACUGCUGCAGUAUCAGCGGCUGGGGACACAUACGUGAGAAGGCUGAGGGCUACACUGGUUUACAAGAGGCCAUGGUGAGGCUCAUCCCUCAUGAAGUAUGCAGAAAACCUCAAAUCUACGGCAACCAUGUCACACCGGACAUGAUCUGUGCAGGGCUCAACGGCUGCGCAGACGCCUGCCAGGGCGACUCCGGGGGGCCUCUGGCUUGUGCAAAGGGUGAUGUCAGCUUCCUGUAUGGGAUCAUCAGCUGGGCAGACGGCUGUGGACGCAAAGAUAAACCAGGAGUCUACACCAGAGUGGUCAACUACAUCGACUGGAUCGACUCAGUGAUUGGACGGAAAACCAACAACUGAUGAACAGACUUUUGAGAGACUCUAGUGAUUCUUAAAUGACUUUUGUGCUAUAAUAUUAUUCCUCUGUAUUUUUAUUUAGCUUAUCAUUUUUAUACUGUGAAUAAACUAUGGUUAUUUUUAUUGUCUAAAAAA